CCGUAUACUAAGGUAAACAAGUGGUGACCACAAGACCAGUUUAAGUCAGUUACAUUGCAUACGUGAUUCAACUCGGACAUACGUUACGUUAAUAAAAUGAGAGCCAUUACGAUAUUGUUUAUUGUACUCGUAUCAUGCAUUUCUGCAAGUUACUGUAAGGACCUUAUAGUGGGAACCAGCUUCAACGCAAGACUUCUUUGGCAAGAGAAGGCUGAAUACAAUUCUAUUCCUCUCAAAAAGAGGGUCAAGGAGGUGUUCUUCUCGGAUCCAGGGCAACAGAUUAUUAAGGGCAUCAUAGCACGGGAUUUGGAUCACACCGACGCCAGUGCGACGGUUACUGCGGGAGGAGUGGGACUCUCGUACGCCAACAUAAGAUUGAAGAGUGAACGAGGCUCGGGUCUAAAUUAUCAAAUUGAAAUUUACGUCUAAGCUUCUCUUAUACAAAUUGUCUUCAAAUUAAGAUCAUAAAACCAAAGUUAUAGACAUAGUCAUGAAUUUGGAAUACAAUUGAGAUUGACGCUU